UAGCCAAUCUUAAAGCUUUAUUCGUGGAGGAGUUUAAGUCUGAACGUUCUUUAAGAUUUGAAUAGUUUUCAUUUUUGAAGGAUUUGGUAAAGAUCCCAACUUUUUAACGUUAACAUGUGUGGAUUCACAGGUUUAUUCUUUGGAAUGGACACCUGAGAUGAACCAGAUUGUCAGUGCAUCUCAACAAGACACGCUCAGUUAGAAGAGAAAAGUGAUGGAAAAGGGAAAGACACAACCAAAGGGCCAAUUGAUAAAGUGCUGAAAAUGCAAUCGUUUAGAUCUUGAAAAGGUCAGACUUUAAUAAUACGAUUAGUUAAAUUCUAUUUUUAUAUACUAAUAUAUAUCUAAAUGGGUAUAUCACUCUGCCCACCUGCACCAAACCAAACACACACGCUCACAGGUUUAUAUAUACUAUUUAUGUAUAAUUUAGAUACUGAAAAUGUGGGAGAUUGGCACAUUUCUCCAUUAGAGUUACUCCACAGUGGUCCUUUGCUUGAUUUUGAUCUUCUUCCAGGAUGUUGUUCUUCAAUGGCAGCCUUGAGUUUACCGUCUCUACCAAAUGUCCUUAUCUCAGACACUUGUGGAGAAGCUUAUGGUCUCUGUCAAAGCUGCAGAGCCUUUUCAACCAGAUAUCUUUCCAUACUUCACAGGCCAGGAAUCUAAAACAGAGACGCACAUAGCUACGAAAUGUUGUCUCUGAGACCCCGCAAAUGUUUGAGACAAACGACUGUUGUUAGUUUAUUUCACUAUGUAUCUCUACAGACUCAGCUUUGUAUUGACAAGCUUUUUCAUGAGAAGAACAAUAUGCAUUUACAAAACAGCUUCCUUUUUGUUUUCAUAUCGUUAGAAACAUUGAAUACGUUCCUGCAAUUCUUCUGUGAUUUUUUCUUCAUGGGUUUACAUUCCCCUGUCACUAGAAACAUUCAAAAGUACACAUAAAGAUAUUGGUUUAAUGUUUGUGCGUUUGUGUGUGUUUUGACGUGUUUUUGACUACGUCCCGCAUAUAUUAUAACUUAAUUGUAUGAGAAAUCUAUAGCAUAAAAUUUUACAGGAAAAUAUAACAAACCUGCAAACACAAUGUAAUUUACCUAUAAGUGGCUCCACUCACCCAUGGGUCUUCUUCGUUAGGGCUGCCACAAGCCCUCAUAAGAACUUAGCGUAUUCCAAAAAAGGGUCACAAUAAAUAGACAAAAACACAAACUCUCAAUUAUGAGCUACUCAGCUGUUACCUCACCCACCCCUCUACAAACAACUAAGUGGGAGUUAUUAAGUCUACAAUAAUAUGUCAUCCAAACAAGAUCAUUAAGAGAUACCACCACUACUAUUAUUUUAUAAGAGAACUAGAUUUUGAUCCGCUCUCUAAAAGCGCCGAUAACUUUUUACUAUUCUAAUAAAAUUAGAUUGAGUUUAUAACUUUUAUUUUUUUAAAAUUGUUCUAUUAUACUAUUUGAUUUUCAUAUCCGAAAGACCCGUGAAUCGAUAGAUCCAGUGACCUGUGUAUAAUCCGGUUCAAAUUUAGUAAAAAGAAUUUUAAUUAAAAAUUCUAGAAAACCAGUAAAAAUCUAAAAAAAUGUACGAUCCGAUAUCAUUAUUACGUAAAAACAAUAUAAUAAAUAACUUUUUUCAAAAUAAAAUUAUUUAUAUAUUCAUAUUCGAUCGUUAAAUAAUACUAUGCAUGAAAAAAAAUAUUUAAAUUUAAUGGAGUGUAUAGUUUGCAUAAAAAUUAGAAUUAUUAUAAUUCACAAAAUAUGGAAAGUAUUAAUUACCAUAAAUAUAGGGAAUAUUCAUAUUAUUAAUUUAAAUAAGUAAUAUAUGUGAGAUUUAUAUCUCAUACGAAUUAAAAAAUUACAUCGCUCUUUUACGAUAAAAAUAAUACUAAAUUGUCUAUGUCAUCUUUUUCCAAAAUUUUAAUUUCAUUAUGUCAUACAUGUGAACUUUCCCAUAAACAAAAACAAACACAUGCAUUUACAUGUUUUUUUUUUGAACAUCAAUUUUACUUUAUGUUUUAAGUUUAACUAUAUUUAUUUUGGUGCAGUUAUCAGCUAUUUAUUCUAUUUUUAUUGAAUCGAUCAGUGAAACCAUUUAUACUAUUCAUUUUUGACAAAAAUAACUUCAAAAUAAAGUAAUAAACUACUAUCUCUAACCACUAUCAAAUAAAUAGAUAAAAAAUUGAAUUCAUUUGAAAAUUAUUAGAGAAUAAAACAUAUGAACCCGGCGCUACGCGCCGGAAUACCACUAGUAUACUAUAUACUCAACAGUUUGGUUAUUUUACAUACUGCAAAGUAGCUAAAACCCAAGGAGAUCUCUCAUGGCCGAUCUCUUAAUGGCGCCUCUAUUCUAGCUGUGAAAACCAGCAAAUGCAUUUGCGCCUUACAGAUUCUAACUCUCCAGCCUUGUAUCUAAGCACCUUUAUGGUUCCGUUGUGAAUCUCGGACCUUCACAUACCACAAAAAGAGUUUGAAGAAAAUAAAAUAAAAAGAAUAAAGAAACAAAAGGCAUUUCUAUCUGAAUGUGGACAACUACUAAAAGUCAUACAUAUGUCGGAGGACAUCUGGUUCAUUGCGGGUUUAACUAACAACAUCUCUUCUCUGUCUCUCUCUCUGUCUCUCGAUCUAAAUUAGGCAAACGGAGAAAUCGGAAAGGAAAGAAAAUGCCGUCGCAGACUCUCCCCAUCUCAUCCUCCUCCUCCUCCACCGAGAUGAUGUUCAAGCCUUUCAUCUACGACGAUUCCCCAACCACCCUCCUCGACGACGACGACCAUUCCGUCAAGCCUCUCCUCUCCCGCGCCUCCAGCUUCAACGGCGCCGUCACUCCUAACGGUGAAUCAACUGGUUUGUAUCAGAACAGACGGCGGCGAUCCAACAGCGAAAACUGCCUCUCUGCGGCCUCUCCCGAUGAUGAUACUAAUGGAAACGGACAUCAAACUAUCGGUCAGGAGGUUAGCCACGCCGCCGCCGAGACUUUCUUGUUGACUCGUCUCUUCUUGAAACUCCUCAGCUAUCUUGGGGUAGGUUAUAGAUGGAUCACACGGUUUCUUGCACUUGGUUGCUAUGCUUUUCUCCUUAUGCCCGGAUUCAUUCAAGUCGGAUAUUACUAUUUCUUCUCUCCUCACGUCCGCAGAAGUAUUGUUUACGGUGAUCAACCAAGAAACAGGCUUGACUUGUAUCUACCUAAGAACUCCAACGGUGGUCCAAAACCAGUGGUGGCGUUUGUCACUGGUGGAGCCUGGAUUAUUGGUUAUAAGGCGUGGGGUUCUCUUUUAGGACAGCAGUUAUCAGAAAGAGAUAUUAUUGUGGCAUGCAUCGAUUACAGGAAUUUUCCUCAGGGAUCUAUAAGUGACAUGGUCAAAGAUGCUUCUUCUGGCAUCUCUUUUAUUUGUAAUCAUAUCGCUGAGUAUGGUGGUGAUCCAGACAGAAUUUAUCUAAUGGGUCAGUCUGCUGGUGCACAUAUUGCGGCUUGCGCCCUGGUAGACCAGGUGGUUAAAGAGUCAGGGGAAGGAGACAGUGUUUCUUGGAGUAGUUCACAGAUAAAUGCUUAUUUUGGUCUGUCUGGAGGGUACAACCUUUUGAGCCUUGUAGACCACUUCCAUAGCAGGGGAUUGUACCGUUCCAUCUUUCUGAGUAUCAUGGAAGGAGAGGAAUCAUUAAAACAGUUUUCUCCUGAACUAGUAGUGCAAGACCCAAAUCUCAAACACAUAGUUGCUCGUCUCCCACCUAUUAUUCUAUUCCACGGUACUGCUGACUACUCCAUCCCUUCAGAUGCAAGUAAAUGUUUUGCGGAAACCCUCCAGAGGCUCGGAGGGAAAGCAGAAGUGAUCCUUUACGAGGGGAAAACACACACGGAUUUGUUUCUUCAGGAUCCAAUGAGAGGUGGAAAAGACGAGAUGUUUGAAGAUAUAGUAUCAGUGGUUAUGGGAGACAAUCAAGAAGUGAUUGGUAAAAGCGUAGACAGAAGGCGUCUUGUGCCUGAAUUCAUGUUGAAGUUGGCUCACUGGGUCAGUCCGUUCUAACUCUCACUCUCUUCUGCUCCCAAAAGACACUAUUACCGUGUAUAGUACUUAAACUAGGAGACAUAUUCAUUAUACUUUGACGAUACAGAUGAUUUUGAACUUUGAUCAUGAUCAUGUAAUUGUAUUACCGUUUGCAAUACACGUUGAUUUUUUUGGUCAUUCUCUGGUUUGUGUUACUUGUAGAAUAACAAAGAGCAGUGAAGAACCUAAUCUUUAUUUA